CCGAGGCAAGGCGAUAUGUUGAGUGUGUAGAACGCAUCAAACGCUACAAAGCUAGAACAUAGCAGCAACAGAAAACAUAACAGGGGGGGGGGUCAAAAGUAAAGGUAAACAAUUGAUUCAAGCAGCGAGACAGACGGGAAAAACAACGCAUUGCUACAGGGAUACUAAGGCAGCUGCCAAUAACAACUGCGGCAUCUACAGCGGUUUGAUUGCAGCAGCUGAAGUUCCUUUGAGAGCGAUCGGCAGUUUCUUUUCAACUCUACCUUUUAGCCGAAGCGAAAAAUCGAAAAGGUGAAGAAAAUUUUUGCUUGUUAAAGUCGAGUAUAUUUCUUUCAGUCCAUUUAUCGUUGCUGGUUUAACUUCUUUCAAGUUUCUUUUUGCAAUGGCGACAACGCACGCUCACCCCACCAAUUUUUACUGUUCCUGCUGCUGCUGCUGUUGCUGCUGCUGUCAUUGUCACGUUUUUUUGAGGUGCGUGCCGCGGCCGCGGCUAGUUGAUUACGCGCCUGUUUGCGCGUUCACCUUGAAGCCUACGACCUACGACAAAUCGAGUAUUUGUUCGAUUUGCAGAGCUUGUGGUAGUUUAGGCUAGCUGAGUUCGUGCGAUAACAUGAAGUGAGGUGACGAUUCAAGUCCUCGUAGCACUGCGUUCGCAGCAGCGGCAAACAAGCAGUAGCGAAGACGGAUCGCGAAUUGAAAAAUCGAAGAGCAAUUAUAAUCACAAAUAAAACAAUUAAACAUCGCCAAAACAUUCGCGAAAGAAGGAACACGUGCUAUUGCCUCGUGUGACAAACAAUUCUUAUCGAAGUGCCUCUACGAAUGUUACUCGUGUGGUCCAGGACGACAACAGACGCGAGGAUAUCAUCGGUGAUCUUAGUUGGGACGUGAAAACGGAAGAAAAGGUGUCAAAGAACGUACAAGGAACGCUGGGCGUGGUGUGGCCAGGUGCGAAUGGUCAAGAUUAAGGGUACCAGCCGCCAAUAUAGUAGAAAAAAAAGUAGGCAAGAAGAAAAACUUCCAAGAAGAAGAAGAAGAAAAGGUGGACGAACGGCCAUCAAAGAGGCACACUAUUCUAUAGGGAACCAGCACCAGCGCCAUCCGAUCUUUUCUGUUUUUCAAAGCCAGCAUUAUCCGGUAGCAAGGACGACCGCGUUCAAGAUAACGACGUCGUCGUUGCUAUUUGCUAAGCCGGGUACACAGCAUCUGGCAGCAUCACCAGUUUCGUCACGGCGCUCUGUUAUGUGCUGCCGCCUGUCGAACCUCCACGACGAGCGACGGUGGCGCCGAUCACGUUGAGUUCCGAGUGCAGCAGCGAUAGUAGCAGCUGAUAGAAGACUGUUUAGAUAGCCCACUACCCCCGACUAGUGCAAAAGGCCAGACGAAAAAAGAAAUGUGCACAUGUGUCAGCUACUAGCGAGGACGUUGAUGCCAGCAGCAUAAACACCUGCACCGAGUUCGGUGUGUGACUAAGCAAACAAACGCAGCAGACACAGCAACAACGCACUUGGAGAGGACGACGGUGACGGAAUAGCAAAAAAAAAAAAGCAAAAGGGGCUAAGGAACGCUCAAGAAAGGAGACUAUAUACAGCGAGAAGGAGAUCAGUGCGAACAACAACCAGGAGAGAGCCAAAAGCUAUUCAUCAGCUAAACCAACCGCAAACGUAGCCGCUAACGCAUUAGUAGAGACGGAAAGCGAACAGAAGCAAAAGCCGAAGCAGUGGCAAUAGCAGCUACAACCCCAGCAACAAGAACUCGAGAUGCCGCCGAAGAUGGAGCGUGGUGGCAAGCCCGCACAGCAGCGCACGGAAUCAAGAUCCAAUUUAGUCGGAAAGUUCACCACAAGUGUCAAAAAGUUCGUCUCGGAGGUCGAAUUCGACCACACUCGCGAGAGCGCCACCCAGCUCUCGCAGCGAUUGUUCUAUAUGAACACCCGAAUCACUAAAUCAUACAAUACGGUGCGAAAUGCCCUUACGACGUUGCACGAAAAAUAUGAGAUGUCCAAAGCGGAGAAAAAUGUCGUCAGGAGGUAUGGAACUUUCAAGGUAAUGGUAAAAGACGUUAUUAAUUUAGACACGCAGUACUGGCUACUGUUGGAUAUACCCAAACAAGAAAAACAGGAACAAGUGACUACGUACGUACUACGUACGUGCACUUGUCUCGAAAAGGCCGGGGAAUCGCGGACGGUGGAUUGCCAGAAGCCAAAGAACACGCAAGAAGAAGAAGCCAUAGCUAAAGAAAGAAAGGCACGUCUUGACGCAAUGACUGUGAAGGAAAUUGAAGACGAGAAUACGCAAACUAUAAACGAUCUUUACCGCCUUCUCAAGCGAUAUUCGGCCCUUAAAGGGGUCGUUCACACCCUCAGACUUGCCUACCAGGACUCCAAAGUAUACCCGUUUAUACCGAGGUACAACAUGCUAAAAGACAUGAUUAAAGGCGUACUUCGUGAUCCCAAUUACAUGGAGGUGUGCCACGAAGACAUCAACCAGUACGAGGAUGAGGCCUGCUAGAGCUACGGUUAUAUCGCGUAGAUGCAAAACGUGAAGCAAGAAAAUGUUUAUAGGCGUAGCGACACAGUGGGAGUAAAUGAAGCUUUGGACAUUGUGAAGCCGGAAAUAAAUUGAGAGAGAGAGAGAGAGAAAGGGAAGGACAAACAAAAAAUACAAAAUUUUGAUGAAACUACUUCGAUUAUUCUUACUGCUGUAGCAGUGUACAACAUAUCUGUAUUUUUUACAAAGUAUGACAUGAAACCAAUAGUCGAAUGGAAAAAAACAGAAGUGAAGCCUCGAGGGAAACCAUGGCCAUGACAAAGAGUAGGAGUUACAUAAAAAGUAUGCACAGAGCGGUUACUUAGCAUAUAAAUAAAGAAAAACUUUUACAAUGCCAAUUCAUUUUCAUGUCUUCUACGCGUUUAGUCGAAGACAGCGGUGCUCAGAUGAGCCAUCGAGCAGUUGCUAGCAAGUGCGGAGCUCAAGAAUAACCGUAAAGGAAUAGAGCAAAAAUUCCCGAACAAUGAAGCAUUUCGCGCUUUUCUCUGAUCAAUCAGGGUGCACAGACUAAACGACGAAAAAUUAAAAUAUAGAUAACAAACGUACAAUAGCCCAAGUAAAUCAAUGUUUACCAUACGCUGUCCCUACACGUUUUCCUCAAAAGCAGAUCUUAUGGCAAGCAAUAUUUGACAAGCGCCCUCCGAAGCUCAUUACAGAAAAUGGUUUCUGAAUUUCAGCGACUACUUCUUGGUAAGGACUUUUUUUAACAACUGUCAUCGAACGAAGAGAAUAGUGAUCGGUAAAAUGAAUUUCGAUUCUUUGAAACGACCUUUUUCAAAAAACUUAUCCUAGAAGGCGUACCGAUUGCAGAAGCUAAAAAUACAGGGCAGAAACAGACGCAAGAGAUUCAAGCUGUUUCAGCUGACACGAAAAUCUUGCACCGACAUAGCACUGUCAGGGAAGUGGCAUUUUUUAGAACUUCAAGGACAACGUCAACAACGCAGUACUUAGCUGGAGUGCAAACAAAAUAGGAACGAAAAACUCUAGCAAUCGAGAUGUUAGCCAUAAGAACAGCUGAUCGGCAACUAACUAAAGCUUGAGGAGAUAGAACGGGGCGCACGGCAAGAAACGAAGCCGAAGGAACUGGAAACAGGAGUCAGCCUACCAGGAAAAAGACAAACCGAGGCGAAAUACGAACCAGCCCUAAUAAUUUUGACAUUUGUGGGAGAAUUCCAGGCGAUGACGGCAAUAGACAAACAGAUGACUAUAACGAAUGGCCGUAGAUCGAUAAGCGCAAGCUUACAAAACGAGAGGCUUUCCGCUUCACCUAAUGGAAGCUCUAAUCUCCAGUUGGCGCGCGUGUAACGCGGACAGGCUAUCACGCAAUACAAAUUGAGAACGUUAUGCCAGCAAAGCUGCACAUAACUAAUUACCUAUAACUACUUGGCUUGGUCUUCUUAACCCUCGUAAUGUUACCAUUUCGAAUAUUAUUACAAAUGUACCAAUAGCAUAACGCUCUCCAAUACAAUGACCGU